GUGCGAUUCCUGGAGCAGCAGAACCGAGUCCUGGAGACCAAGUGGAAGCUGCUGCAGGAGCAGGGGGGGUCUGGCCCGGGGGGCAGGAGCCUGGAGCUCAUCUUUGAGGCCUACGUCAGCUCGCUCCGCAGGCAGCUCGACUCCCUCUCCGCGGAGAAGCUCCAGCUGCAGGCCGAGCUCAAGAGCUCCCAGGACACAGUCGAGGAGUUCAAGACCAAGUACGAGGAGGAGAUCAACAAGCGCACGGCGGCCGAGAACGACUUCGUGCUCCUCAAGAAGGACGUGGACGGGGCCUACAUGGUGAAGGUGGAGCUCCAGGCAAAGGCGGAUUCCCUGCUGGACGAGAUCAACUUCCUCAAGUGCCUGUACGAGGCGGAGCUGUCCCAGGUGCAGAAGACGGUGUCGGACACCUCGGUGGUGCUUUCCAUGGACAACAACCGGAGCCUGGACCUCAACAGCAUCAUCGCCGAGGUGAAGGCGCAGUACGAGGACAUCGCCAACCGCAGCCGCGCCGAGGCAGAGGCCUGGUACCGGGGCAAGUACGAGGAGCUGCAGGUGAGCGCCGGCAAACACGGGGACAGCCUGAGGGACACCAAGGCCGAGAUCUCGGAGCUCAACCGGGUGAUCCAGAGGAUCCGCGCCGAGAUCGACGGCGUGAAGAAGCAG